AUGGCACGUGGAGCCGGUGGUCUACUAGAUGGUGGAUUUGUAUUCAAAUUAGGCAGAUUAUUUAAAACUCCUUAUGGUGGCGAAGGUGUUGACUUUAUUGAUCAAUUAAAUUAUCAAUUUACUGGUGGACUAAUGGUGAUAUUUAUAGCAAUUAUCAGUUUUCGACAAUAUGUUGGUAAACCAAUUCAAUGUUGGGUACCACAAGAAUUUACUAAAUCAUGGGAAGAAUAUGCUGAAAAUCUAUGUUGGGUAUCAAAUACUUAUUUUUUAUUACCUAAUGAAGAAAUACCAACAGAUCAAGUAGAUUACGAAAAAGUUAAAUUUAUUGGUUAUUAUCAAUGGGUUGCAAUUGUAUUAGCUGGUCAAGCUAUGAUGGCUUGGGUACCACAUUUAUUAUGGCGUGUUGGUUCACGUCGUUUACCGUUAUUGUUAAAAUCAGCCAAGGAAGCUGCUAUACCAGAUCGUGAAUUACGUUUAAAAGCUGUCUCAUGUUUAGUAGCAACAUUAGAAGAACAAGCUGAAUCACAAUCAAGAUUUCGUCGUAUUAAAUCAUUAUUAAAUCGUUGUCUAUGUGGAAUUACACCGAAUGCACGUUUAACUAUGUUAUUUUUAUUUGUACGUGUAUUAUUUGUAGCUAAUUCAAUUGGACAAAUUUAUUUAAUGAAACGUUUUACCGGUUUUAAUAGUACUGUAUUUGGUUUAAGAUUAUUACAAGAUUUAUCAGCUGGUGUAGAAUGGGAACGUACGGGACAUUUUCCACGUGUUACAUAUUGUACUAUAAAAGUUCGUAAAAUGGGUCAAACAAAACCAGCAAGUUAUACCCUACAAUGUGUCCUACCAAUUAAUAAUUUCACAGAGAAAAUCUAUGUAUUUCUAUGGUUUUGGUUUGCUAUUCUUGGUUUAUUAACUUCAUUGAAUACAUUACAAUGGGCAUUGAAUACAAUCUUACCAUCACGUCGUGUACGUUAUAUUAAACAAUAUUUAAAAGCAUUAAAACUUAUAUCCAGUACAGAAGAACGUGAUUGUGCACGUUUUGUAAAUAAUAAUUUAGGCGCUGAUGGUGUAUUUAUUUUACAUGUUGUAUCGAAAAUUGCAAGUGAUCUUAUUGCAUUAGAUGUAACAGCAACAUUGUGGAAAAAUUAUCGACAAGCUAAAAUUACAGGUACAGAAGAAGAUGUCAAUCGAUUACUUGAAACAGUCAAUCGUGGUUCAUCAGUAGUUUGA